ACUCGCGAUUCGAACUCUAUUCCGAGCUCUGCGCGUUUCAGAUCCGCGGUGCCGCUGAAUAGUCAAUAGUGAUCAGUUUUACGCACGGACGUAUAAUUGACAUUUGGAAGACGACAGUGAAACCAAACGUGAAGAAACUCGUCGUGAUUUUGGUCCCAAUCCGUUGGUGCUACUAGAGGCAUGUUGAGAAGAGCGAGAGGUUUUAUAGUUGGGCAAGAUUUACUAUGCGCGUGCCAGACUCCGCCUACCGCACGGCGCGUCAUUGGCGAGUAACGGCGAAGGGGAGUCACUCCCCUGCCUACUUUUAAUAGCUUUGUCAUGUGAUGGAAAGCAGUUGUAAGACAGGUGCCCUCGGUUCAUUGUCAGUGAGGGGCGCGAGGGAACGAGUGGAUUUUCUCUUUUGCCCGUGAUUUCUUUUUUAUUUUUCCGUGCCGUCAUUCAGGGGCUGGAUGGCGUGGGACAGGUGUAAUCAGGAUUCGGUGUGGAGAGAACUAGAGUGCGCUGCCUUGGUUGGUGAAGACCAGCCCCUUUGCCCUGACCUGCCUGAGCUUGACCUUUCUGAGCUGGAUGUCAGCGACCUCGACGCGGAUAGCUUUCUGGGAGGACUCAAGUGGUACAGCGACCAAUCAGAAAUCAUUUCCAGUCAGUAUGGCAAUGAAGCAUCCAACCUGUUUGAGAUAGAUGAGGAAAAUGAGGCCAACUUGCUGGCAGUGCUCACAGAAACCCUGGACAGUAUCCCAGUGGAUGAAGACGGGUUGCCUUCGUUCGAAGCCCUGGCAGAUGGGGACGUGACCAAUGCCAGUGAUCAGAGCUGUCCUUCUACCCCUGACGGCUCGCCACGCACCCCAGAGCCAGAGGAGCCUUCCCUGCUGAAGAAGCUCCUCCUGGCCCCUGCUAACUCCCAGCUCAGCUAUAAUCAAUACCCAGGUGGCAAGGCACAGAACCAUGCAGCCAGCAACCAACGGAUCAGACCAGCACCUGCUGUUGCCAAGGUAGCUGCUCACCGCACUUCUUGCAUCAAAGGCCUGACAGAAAACCCCUGGAACAGCAAACCACGAGGGGCCUGUCCCAACCGGUCCAUGAGACGUCCCUGCACUGAGCUGCUCAAGUACCUCACCUCUAGCGACGAGGCCUUCCAGACCAAAGCCGGUGAAGCCAAGAGCACCUGGACAGGUUGCGGCAAGGACAGGGGAGGUGCUUGCAUCUCAUCCUGCUCGUCUUCUUCCUCUCCAUCGUCCUCGUCCACCUCCUCGUUCUCCUCCCUGUCGUCCUGCUCGUCUUCCACCGCCUCCAAAAAGAAGACGUCCUCUGCCUCCCCAUCAUCACAGCAGCAGCAGCUGGCAGUGCAGGCCCAGCGAGCCAAACCAACCAUCUUGCCACUUCCUUUGACCCCAGAGUCUCCAAAUGACCACAAGGGAUCUCCGUUUGAGAACAAAACCAUUGAACGCACACUGAGUGUGGAGAUCUGUGGAACCCCAGGUCUGACACCACCUACCACGCCUCCUCACAAAGCCAGUCAAGAGAACCCUUUCAAAGUAUCACUCAAAAACAAGCUGUCUUCAUGCUCUCCCUCGGCCCUGACAAGCAAAAGGCCCAGGCUGAGUAAUGGGGGCUCUUGCCCUCAGCCAACCAGCGGCUCUAUUCGGAAGGGCCCAGAGCAGACUGAGCUCUAUGCCCAGCUGAGCAAGGCGUCCUCCACUAUGCCCCAAGGGGGCUUGGAGGAUCGUCGGGGCAAGCGGCCCAUGCCCCGUGUCUUUGGCGAUCAUGACUAUUGCCAAUCUACAAGCACAAAACGAGACAGCACCACCCCAGCUGCAGUGGUACCCGGGCCAACAGAGGGCCGGCAUGUGGAAUGUAAAGACUUAAACAUGCCAACCUCCACUACUACGACAUCAUCGUUGUCUUCCACCCCCCCUUCGUCUUCCUCACUGGCCAGGCAGCUUCAAGGCCUUUCCCCAACACCUCAGGAGGCUUGUCCGGACACAUAUGCUCACGUGCAGCACCACGACUCAAGCUCCAAAAUGACAAUGGACUGCAGUUCUGGUGGCAGGAAACUUCUUAGGGACCAGGAGAUCCGGGACGAGCUCAACAAGCACUUUGGAAAGCCUCAGCAAGCCUUCUAUAGCGGGGUAGUGGGAGAGCCGAGGGGCAAACAGCCAAUUGAGGACAGUGACUCUGGGGAUGAGUACCCGGGUCUACUCGGCGACUACAUCCACCCAGGUCUGCCUGAUUUCGAGGACCUGGAGGUAGGCCGGGAGCGCCUGUUCUACUUGGGGGAAGGUUCUCCACUCGAGCUGCUCCUCGAAGGGUCACCCUCCAGCUCCCCUUCCAGCAGUUCCUUUUCAUGGUGCUCUGUCUCGCCUCCUUCCUCUCAGCUCUCCCCACAGCACCUCCGCUGGCCACGCUCCAUCUCCCGCUCCCGUUCUCGUUCUUCAUCUCACCACAGGCGCAGAUCCCUCUCCAGGUCUCCCUACUCCCGCUCCGGGUCUCCCAGCAGCCGUUCUCCCUCUUGGUCUCCUCGCAACAUGGACGAAAGCACUUUCACUCCCAGGAUUUGUGGAAACCCUCAGUCCCAGUCGCAUUCUCUUUUUGGUCGGAGACCCAGGUAUGACAGCUAUGAGGAAUACCAGCACGAGCGUCUGAAGCGAGAGGAGUACCGACGCGACUAUGAGAAACGGGAAUGUGAGAGGGCCGAGCAGAGGGAGAGACAACGGCAAAAAGCAAUAGAGGAGAGGCGAGUGGUGUAUGUGGGACGUCUUCGCGCCGACAGCACACGCACCGAGCUCAAACGCCGCUUUGAAGUCUUCGGCGAGAUUGAGGAGAGCACAGUCAACCUGAGACAUGACGGGGAUAACUUUGGCUUCAUCACCUACCGCUACACUUGUGAUGCUCUCGCUGCCCUUGAGAAUGGACACACUUUGCGCAGGUCGAACGAACCUCACUUUGAGCUCUGCCUUGGUGGACAAAAGCAGUACAGCAAAUCCAAUUACACAGACUUGGAUUCCCACUCUGACGACUUUGAUCCAGCCUCCACUAAAAGCAAGUACGACUCCAUGGAUUUCGACAGCUUGUUGCGAGAAGCCCAGUACAGCCUGAGAAGGUAAUGAACACCACUGUACCGGCUGGAUGCAGACAGGGGGAUCUGCAAUACCUCACUGUUCUUUCAGUUCUUUCAAUACAAGACUGCAGACGCUUUACUCUUGACACACAGAGAGAAAGAGAGAGUAUAUGUGGACAGAAAAGCUCUACGCAUAAGGGAUAUAUAUAUAUAUAUAUAUAUGUAUAUCUGCAAGCAAAGUUUACAUGAACAUAAGCUGCUGAACUGGAGGAGAGACUCAACCUUAAAGUAGCCGACUCUACUUUUUAGUGGACUACACAGAUAGCGUGGCUCCGAAAGAGAUCUUCAUCCACACACCGCGAACAAACACAAAAACGAACAAAAAAAAAAAAAGUGCAGCUCGUUCAGUCUGUUUUUAUGGUUUGGAGUUUAUUUUUGUGGGCUUUUUCUGUUCCUCUUUGAUUUUUUAAAAAAAUAUCUGGUGUUUGGAUGUGGUGUUACGUUUAUUGGCGGAGGGGUUUGGGGGGAAAUCACUUUGGAUGUUCAAGGUAACGUCGUCUACUUUUUGCUAAAGUGAGGAUGUAGUCGGCUAUUUACAACAA